GAGAGGUGGGGCCCGGUGGAGGUGGCGGUCAGGAGUCUAGGCGACGGGGCGUGACGGGUCGGGAAGUGGCCGGGCCAGAGCCGGCGGGAGGGCCUGGCACGGAGGCUCCCACAGUGGCGUGCCCACCCCGGCCACGGCCGAGGAGGAUGAUCUCUAGAUACACUCGGAAGGCGGUGCCACAGAGCUUGGAGCUGAAAGGAGUAACAAAACAUGCUCUUAAUCAUCAUCCCCUCCCAGAACAACUGGAUGAAAUUUCCUCUACAAACGACAUCCAUGAAAAAGACCUAAGUUCCCACAGUGAAUCUGACAUCACACAAGAAUCACCUUUUACAUCAGCUGACACUGGGAAUUCAAGGUCUGCUUUUCCAAGCUAUACAGGCACAAGGAUCUCUACUGAAGGCAGUUUGGACUUCUGGAGAUAUGGUGAAGUUGAUCAAAAUGCCACUGAAGAAGUUCAGGCAAUGUUCACAGCCAUUGACGAGCUCUUGUAUGAGCAGAAGUUGAGUGUACAUAGUGAGCGUCUAUACGAAGAGUGCCAACAGUGGACACGUAGCUUUCCUCACCUCAGAAUUCUGGGUAAGCAGAUAAUCACUCCAAAUGAAGGUUAUGGACUGUAUCCUAGAUCCCCUUCUGCUGUGUCAGCUUCAUAUGAGGCAACACUAUCUCGGGAAAGAGAUUCUACUACAUUUGGUAUUAGGGGAAAGAAAUUACAUCUUUCAUCUUACACCAAUAAACCAUCUUCCACUGCCAAAUCCCAUGGCUUGUGUUCUAUAGAAAGAGAAGAAGACUGUGUAAUCUUUUCUGAAGGAAUAGAGGAAUAUCUAGCAUUCGACCACACAGAUAUGGAAGAGGGAUUUCAUGGAAAGAAAUCAGAAGCAGCUGUUAAGAAACAGAAAUUAGGGUACCCUCCCAUUGUUCCAUUCUACUGCAUGAAAGAGAAUGUCCUUGCUUACGUGUUUGAUGAUGUGUGGAGCAUGGUUCUGAGCUGUAUGGAACAGCUGACCCGUAAUCAUUGGGAGGGAUUUGCUUCUGAUGAUGAGAUUAGUAUUGCAAUUACCAGACCAGCUUCAGAAGGUCCCUGUCUGCUGAGUGAACCACAGCCUUUGUUCUUACCUCGAGUGCCACAAUCUAAGGUGCCGUCUAUCACCUCAAAUCCGAUAUGUCUCUGUCAAGCAGCAAGUGGACAUCAGCCAAAUGUGAAUGGUCUCUUGGUUCAUGGGAUGCCUCUACAAACAAGAAAUCUCCCCCUAAUGGACAAGCUCCUAGAACUUGACGAGCUACUUAGGAGACCUGGGUCCAGUACCAUCUUUUCAACCCGAAAUUGGCCAAAUCGAGCCUUGGAGCUAAGUACUUCAGCUCUGUCAUAUACAGUGCAGUCUGCUGGGAGACGAAAUCCCCCACCAUGCACCCUUCACCCCAUCAGUACAAGCCAUUCAUGUGCUGGAACACCAAGACCUAUGGAAGAAAUCCACAGAGGCUCCCAUGUGUACCCAGUGGCAGCCAACUUGCACUCUCCAUCACCAAUGCCCCGGAGUCGAAAUCAUCUGCUGCCACCUAUUGGCACAGCUGAAGCAGAACACUUGAGCCCUGUGGGGCCACAAAGGCAAACGAAAAACCAUGGUGAUUUCAGUCGAGCUCAAAGUGCAGUGGUGGACAAGCCUAACUACCAGCAGCCCCAGGAGAGGCUCCUUUUACCUGACCUUUUCUCCAGGCCCAAUACAAUUCAGUCAUUUCUGCCAGAAACACAGUAUCAUCGUUCAUGCACUAUUGAGUACCCUCAUCAGGCCCAACCUGGUAGGGGCUCUGCAGGGACAGGACCUCAGUUACAUGGGUCUAUGCAAUCUCAAAACAGAGGCGCAGUCUCUAGAACCAGGCAAGGACCAUAGAGCAAAUGAGAAGAACCUGCUUCAGGCUACAGGGAAUACAUGGGAAGAUUUCACGAAUCAGUGUUCAGUCAUCUUGUGAUGCAGAGCUCAUUUACAAGAGACAAUGGUAAAACCAUCUUCACAAAGAGUUAUUUUGGU